CCUUCUCCCACAUUCUCAACCAUGGGUAGGAAGAAGGUGAAGCAUGAAUUGAUUUCCAAUGAAUCCGUUCGGAAAGUGACUUUCAGGAAAAGAAAGGCUGGUGUUCUGAAGAAACUAAGAGAGCUCACAACAUUAUGUGGGGUUCCUGCUUGUGCAUUCAUUUUCAGUACUUAUGAUGCGCAGCCAGAUAUCUGGCCUUCCUCUCUGGAGGCGCUUGACGUGCUCGAGCAAUUCAAGAAUCUGUCUCCCAAGAAACAAGGUAAGUAUAUGCUGAACCAAAAGGUUUUUCUUAGAAGAAGCAUAUUCAAAUUGGAAGAAAAACUUGAGAAACAGAGAAAGAAAAACCAAGAGCUGGAGAUUGAGCUGACUUUGGCAGGUUCCUUGCCGAGUGAAAGUGAGAGUUACAUGAAUGAUGCAGAGCGUCUGGGGGAGAUGGUUCGUGUUUUGGAUGAAAAGAUUAAGUCUGUUACUGAUAAGAUUGAGGCUAAAAAAGCAUCUGACAUCUAACUCGGUUGUUGUUGAGUAUGAGAAGAAAAUAAAUUUGAGCAUGGCUCUAACUAGACAUUUUUCUAGAAACAAUAGAUGUUUCAUGUCAUUUCUUCUUAUUGUGGCGUUGAUUUGAUCAUGUUUGGCUCAGAUAUGUUAUCUGAAUAUACUUUUUAGCUGAUUGUUGAAUAAUUAUCCCGUUUUGCUUUACAUGAAUAAAUUAUUUUCAUUAAUGAUUGGUCUCAAUGCAUUAUCUUCUACUUGUUUAGUGUCCUUAAUUGUUUGAAACUGCACUAUUUAGGGAUUUGAAUUGUUUGAACUUGGCAUUAAUUCUUUGUUGUCCAAAUGAGUUAUUAUUGCUAAUCAUUAACUUUGGUUGGUUUUCCUUAAAAAUUGUGAAUCAAUGUUCCCAUGUUCCCCAUAGAUAUUAAUUUUUCAUAAAUAAGUUAGCUUCUUCUGUAUUCUAUUCUUAGUCAAAACCUAAUGUCUAAUGUUUCAUGUCUCUGCCUCAAUGUCUUAUGUAAUGUUUUGAGUUUGAUUGCACAAAAAUCAUCUUUUUCACUGUGUUUGUUUGAAAGGAAGGCAAAUGCAGGCGAGGAAAAUGGAAAGAACGAAGGGAACUUUUUCCUUCCCUCUUUUACUCUUCAUGUUUGGGAAAGUUUGGUACUGAUACAUAAAAAAGGAAGUAAGGGAAACCAUUUUUGUGUUGCUUUUACUUUCCUUGUCUCUGCAUUUCCAACACUUGAAUUCCCAUUCUUUUUUUUCUUUUUAUUUUUUGAAAAAAAUAAAAAUAAAAACAGGGCAUUCAG